UUCGCUUACAGUUAGAUAUUUGACUUUCGCGUGAACGUUUCUCGUUUCUCGUUUCUCGUUGGGCGUAAGCUAAAACGAAAACUCAAAACUCAAACUAUUAAUAAGAACAUUUAAAUUACUCUAACUAAACCAAUCCAAACCAAACGAAAGAAAACAAAAUGUCCACAAAGCUUCCCAUCAUUUCCGUUACCACCAACGAUCAUUCGGAAUUGGAAUCCUCUGAUGAUUCCAACAGCAAUGAUAUGGAUUAUAAUUUUAAUACGGGUGAGGUCACAGAUGUUGAGGAUUUCGAUAGUCAGACUGAUUUGAAGAUAUUGCCAACCCAGAAAGCUCCCACCCAUAUGCUCAACGUACCUAAAGUCGGUGAGAGAGACAAUGAUGCCACCGAUAUUGAAGACUACAAUGACACCGAUUCUGAUGAUGGCGAAGAUGAAAAGAGCAAUGUUUAUCCCGAAUUAAAGCUAUCCCUUCAAGAAUUUUUACAGCACGGCCUGCGCGAACAAAGUAUGGUUGACAAUGAAGCAAAAGAAAAGGUGGAGAACAGAGAGGGAGAUUUUUUGCAAGCACAAAACUUGAAUCAGACAAAUGAUUAUCUAACGGACUGUGAAGACUACAAUACUGAUUCAGAAUUGGAGAACGGUUGUGAGCGGUCGGUUUGUGUUGACUUAGAUGCUGCCGUUGGUGAGCAGAAUAGAGUAUUCAUUGCCGAUAGUGCACGUUCCACCAACGAGAAUGAAAAGUCUGAUGAAUACGAAGACUUAUCUGUGCUGAGUGAUAUUAGCGAGCUCGCGUCGGCGCUGUCGGAUGUUGCUGGUGCCGGCGCACGCGGUAUGUCCGAAGAUGAAGUGCUAGAGAUGUCAGGCGAUGAAGAGGAGUGUCAAAUCGUAGUCUCAGAAUCUGCAUCCGAAAAUGAAGAUGAAGACCAGGUGUACGGCGAUAAUGCUAGUAAUGCAAGUAUACCGCCCAUUGAUGUUGCCUUCAUCAGCAGUGGCAGUCAGCAGCGUCGGAAGUCGACGACUAUGUCUCUUAAUAAGAAUGCUUUUCUGACGGUGGCCAAUGCACAUGUAGAUGAGGUCUUAACAGAUGUUGAAAAACUUGACGACUCUGCGGCUGAGGACAGUUUCGAUAGUGAGGAAGAAGAGAAAUCUAUACCUAGAGCGGUUAUACUGAGGGCUACUGGCGAUGAUUCCGGGGACAUUACCGAUGUGGAAGAUGUAUUUUGCGACGAUGUCGGAACACAGUCCUCAAAUGAAUUUAACACCAUAUCGGAUGCUGUGCUGCCACCAGUGCAUCGUGAGAUGGUAGUGCUUAAAGAAGAUAAAUUUGGAGACACCAUCGAAAAUGUUAUGCCAUUAGAUCGAGAAUAUCAGUUUGGUGUCUACAACACCGUAUCCGACGAUGCGCAAACUGAAGAUGAAGAUUAUUCGUGCGCCGAUGAUUUGGAACGAAACGUCUCUGUAGCAGAAUGUCUAAAUGCUGACAAUCUAAUAGAAGACGAAGUCACUGUACUGAAUGAGACGUUAAAACCACAGAUUAGCAAGCGUCUCGAAUUGCAUGCUCACACAGAACCGGUGACAGAUAUUGAAGAAAUCUAUGUUGAUGGCACAAAUAGGCGUAAAAAGCUGAAGACACGAAGUCUGAGCAAAGGAAAAGCAAAACUCUUAGACGUUGUCAGAGUUAAAGAGGAUGGUGGCACUGACGUCGAAGAUAUGGAUCUAAGCGAACACGGUCUGCCACCAAAUGUUAUAUUGAAUGCAGCGCAAAAACUGCAACAAGACGACAGCAUUGAUAAAGCCACCGACAUAGAGGAUAUCAGCGCUGAUGACGUGUCGGAUGCAUCCGAUAACGAAGCCCAAUGCGAAGCGGAUGUUGGCAGUUCGACUUUAAAGGCGUACAUAGUGAGUAACAGCAAUAUUAUGCUGGCAAUAGAGACAGACGGCCAACGGAAGUCUUGCAUAAAUCAUUUGCAAACUUUGACAUUAGGCGGCGGUGGCAGCGGUGGUGAUGGUACCAAUCCACCAAAUACCGAUAUUGAAGAUGUGCAGUGCCCAUCUGAGGCCGACGACGCUGACAGCGAUAAAGUUGUGGAUGCCUCGCGCGUUUGCAAUUGCGCUGAUUUCAACGAGCUGUUAAAUGAAAGUUACACUGUGGUACACGAGAAGAACACCAAUAGCUUUAACGCCGAAGCUGAGAAACUUCAUAUGAAAGGCAAUGUCGAAACUCGCGAUGCGCAUACAGACAUCGAAUACGUUGAAUCCGACGAAUCGGCUGCCAGAGCCAGCAACUAAAACGAGUACCCAAUCAAUACAUACAAUAAUACAGCUCACAAAGAAAGCAAACACAAAUCAGAAAACAAAACAACAAAAAAAUAAAUAAAAUUAAAAAAAAAAAAAUAAAAAAUAAAAAAACUCAACAUAAUUUAAACCAUAGAAGAAAAGCUCGUUUUAGAUGAAGAUUCAUUCCGAAAUAUUGAUUUAAAUAAAUAAACGCAAACUAUUGCUUUAUUAAUGGUGAGCAGGCGAAGGAAAUGGCUUGGGGAUCUCGACACAUAUAUUACUGUUACAUUCCCUACAGAAAUACAAGCAUUGCAUUUUAGUAUUAUCGGCGCAUCGAAAUUUAAGUAAUAAACAUUAAUCUAUUAACUAAUUCCAAUCUACAUAGAACACAAGUUUAAACGAAACAUUUAUAAGCAUUACUAAAGGUUAUUAAUCCACACAUAUUAACACAACUUUGACAUUGUUAAACAUUGUUUUUAAGCGAUUCUUAAUGUACUUAUUAUAUUUAGUUUGCUAUAAAAAACAACAACAGCAACAACAUGAACCAAAUUACUCUUUAAGUGUACGUACAUAUUAUCUGUUAAAUGUAUGCAUCUAUUUUCGUUACUUGGCUUUUAACAAAGUAAAAACUAAAUGUGAAAUGUGAAAUAAAAUUUAAUGAAAAACUUAAAACAUGGUUAUGCGAACAUGUAUACUUGUUGCUAUUUUAACGGUAUGUAAUAUUUGGAAAAAUUAAAUUUUCUACGAUGCUUUUGAUUACGUAAACUGUACGCGGUAAGUUAUAUUAAUAUGGGAUGUUAGCAAGAAUGGAGAAAUUACUAACGAUGUAGAGUAUUUAAUAUUUUUUAAAACUUAUUUGAAUAUAUAAGUCUUUCAUAUGGAUGUAAUUUAGUUUAAGCUGCUUCAAUGGAAUACAUGCGUAUAAGUUUGCACAUGUAUGAUGCCUUAAUAAGAAAAACAAAAAUAAUAAAAAUUAUAAAAAAAUAGAAAUGCUUUUAAAGUGACUUUGUCUUUUUAAUUUUUUAAUCCAAAGGAGCAAAUAAAGCCUAAGCAUCUUAUUAAUUUAAAUUUAAUAUAUACAUUAAAAUAAAUUAAGUACAAUAUUGAUGAUACAUAUUUAUGUAACAAUGCACACACAUACAUUCAUACAAACAUACCAAAAUGCAUGUAUUACCAGUUAUUAUUAGUCAAACUUAUUGCAAAGUAAAUAUUAACAUAAAUGCAUUUCCUAUCGAUGCAUGAGAGGACACAGCAUAUUUGUAAUGCAACACACAUGCCUACGAUUAACCAAAUAAAUGCUUAAUCUAAUAAAACUUA